GGAUUUUAUCCAUCUACCCCCCUAGCCGCCAUUUUCUUUUCUCCCAGCCAUCUCCACUUCUUCUCCCCACGCCAUCCUCCUUCCUGCUCCUCACGCACACCAGUGGAGGGCCUCCCAUGGCGUCUCCUCCCCUUUCCUCAAGCCAGCCACCCUAGCUUCCAUUCCUCUCGCCACCAGCCAUGGGGGUCGACAUCCCCUCCUCCCCCUCUGCACCAUGGCUGGUUCCUUGCUCCCCUCGGAACCCAGCAGGGAGAGCAGGCGCCAUUCUCCCAGCACGCAUGGAGCUCCCUAGGCUCCCUCGCAGGGAGCUCGACGCCCCUGUGCAGCCCACACCUUCUUCCUCCCGUGGCCGGGCCUCUACCCUUGUGCUCGGCUCCUCCCCUCCCAUGGCACCUCCACCUACCAGCUUCGCCCAGCCGCUAUGUCGCCCAAGCUCUCUGCUCCCUCCCUCUCCAAUGCAGCAGCACAUGAGCUCGCCCCCUCCCUCCUCUUCCCUGUCACGGCCAGGAAACACCGGAUCUCGCGCCCUCUCUCUGGUUUGGGUGGAGCAGCGCCUCCCCUGCUAUCUCCUCCCCGACGCCCCUUCGAGAUGGCACCCAACAGCCCCAGCACCUUCCCUACUUCGUCUCGCUGCCACUGCUGUGCGCGUGCCAUGUGUUCGGCAAAAUGUCGAGGGAGGCGUGUUGUUGCAGCACCGUCGCCGCUCACCGGUUGGUCGCUGUUUUGCGCAGCCCCCAACCGCGCCGUCGAAACCCGUGCUAGUGGUCGACGUCGUGCCUUGCCCGUUCGACGAAAUACCGAGCCAUGUGGACAACCAUGCGUCUAGUCACGACCCGUUCAGGUUGAUUGAUUUGUAG